AUGUUAAUCAGGAAAGCAAGAUCUACUAAAAUUAUGAAAAAGUUUGGAGCAAGUAUAGCCUGUCUAUUGAUUAUUUUUUUAUGGGCACUAGGUUGGACUGAUUAUUUUUUCGAAAAACCGUUCUCAAAAUUCAAAUGGCCACCAUAUAUAAAUGUUCGGAAGCAGGUAUUACUAGAGUUAAGUGGUCGGCCACCAUCUUAUCUUUACGAGAAUGAUUGGGCUUACUAUGAACCAUUUCAUAUUCCGGCAUGCGAAAUCAUCAAAGAGAUGGAUAAAUUUUUAUUGAUUAUCGUGAAAUCUUCGUCGUUGCAUUUUUUAGAACGACAAGCUAUACGUCUCACAUGGGGCUCAGUACUUAAUCAUUCCGAAUUCACCAUUAGGACAAUAUUUGUGAUUGGCCGAAAACCUUUAAGUGAGGAAAAUGAACAACUGCAAGAAGAAAUUAAUUUACACAAGGAUAUACUAGUUGGUGAUUACAUUGAUAGCUAUCGAAAUAAUACACUGAAAUUUUUAUCAGCGGUGCAGUUUUCAUUCAAUUAUUGUCAACAGAAUACUGUCCCCUAUGCAUUUUUUGUCGAUGAUGAUUAUUUGGUGUUGGUGCAAAACCUAGUAGCAGAAGUAAAAAAAUAUGAUAUGAAUGACCGACUUUAUGCGGGUUGGAAAUUUGAUACGCGACCAUUUAGGACCAGGUUUCACAAACAUCGGGUAUCCAUUGCAACAUAUCCGUUCAAUCGUUAUCCACCUUAUAUAUCUGCUGGUGCAGUAUUGUUAUCAUCACAGACCAUUCGCGAAAUGUAUUAUGCAAUACAGUAUACGAGGCUUUAUCCCUAUGACGAUAUUUUUGCUGGUAUAUUGGCAAAAUCAUUGAAAUUGACCGUCAAACAUAACAAAAAUAUGCGCUUCUGGAAAACAGCAGUUAGUGUAGAAGAAAAAACUUUAAUUUGUGCGCAUGGAUUUGAGGGAGAGCGCCUGAGUUCAGUGUACAAUAAGUUCAGGGCUAAGGGAAUUCUAUAA